AUGGCCAAGCGGGCGACCUCCAUCUCCUCCGGCGAGAGCUCGUCGUCGUCGCCAACUGGGUCGGUAGCGGCCGGCCGGAGCCCCUUCAGCUCCCGGAGGACGUCUUUCACGGACACCGCCACCUGGGUCAACGCUCGCCCGAUAGCUAUGGAGUUGGUGGUGGGAGCUCUCUUCAGGGCGGCGCACGCCUCCCAGACUGAGCCGGAUAACCGUGGGAUGGACGUUCUCUUCUUCGAGGCUGCUCCUGCGGGGGGAAGCUUUCCAUAAUCAGCUGGACAGAAAUAGAAAAUUACUCCAUAACUAUCAGCCGGUCAACCUUUUCAGAAAAAGAAGAGGAUGAGAUUAGAAUAAACCUUAAAGAACUCUGCAUCCAUUACUACCCUUAAUGAUAGAAACCUUACGCGUUCUACCCACCGAGGAAGAGAAAAGGAAUGACAAAUAAAUCACCCAGAAAAUAAAAACUUCAACACCCGACGGGGCUGAUCCAAGGUAGAACAUCCACCUAAUCCAGGAAAAGGUCAAACCCUCCGGCAGAUUCUUACAAGAUCCUGGGCACAUGGGCUUCAUGGAAACACAAGAGAGGGUCUUCACCUCAAGUCAACCAGUGGGGUUCCAAGCUACGAACAGCAAGAAAUAAAUACCCCGGAUCAUGGGGAUUUCCAAAUAGGGUAUACUGGACUUGGGUAAAAAGCCAAAAAUUCCCACGCAGUAGCCAUGAAAAAGGUCAGACCCUUCAGCAAGAUCCUGGGCACAUGGGCUUCAUGGAAACACAAGAGUGUCUUCUUCAGCUCAAGUCAACCAGUGGGCUUUCAAACCAUGAACAGGAUUAAAUAGAUUCCCUGGAUCAAGGGGAUUUCCAAAAAGGGUAAACUGCACUUGGGGAAAAUGCUAAAAGCUUCAACGCAGAGUUCAAAUUAGGGCUGAGAUAGCGGAUGAAAAGGGGAAGGAGAGAACCGUAAGAGGAGACUGUCUCCCUCAGCAAGGACAGGCUUUGGUCGAUCACUUGCUUGGCCAAUGCCCGGAUAGAAGCAUGGAGAGUCGGCCCAGCACCCACAGUGCUCCCUUGGCACAGCAGCAGGAAUCCCUGAAGCAUGUUGCAGAAGGCUCCGAUAUGAUCUUCCAUCUCUUUCACCUCUGACGUCCCGCCAGUGGAAAGCAUCCCCGCUGCAAGGGGCCAAAACCAAGAUCAUUAGGUUCAUGUCCAUGAAAAACUAGGGUUCUACGUGGCUCUAAACUCUAAACCUGAAAACUAAACGGGAUUUUGGGGGAUUUAUUGAUAACUCAACAAUUUUGAGGGAAUUCCAAACGAUAAAAAACACAUUUUGAUCAUCAUUCUGGACAAAGAAGCAAGUCCCCAUUUUGCAAAAACCGAGAAAUCCUUGAGCUGGCUCUGAGGAUUUUCUAAGGUGGCUGUAUUUAGAGACAAAACCAAUCAAUUAUCCGGCUGUUGCCUCUUUCAAGCGUAAAUAAAUCCUGAGUUACUCAAUGAUCCUUCUUCAGAGACGAAAGGAGAGAGAUUCCAAGGAAAAAGGAGGCUGAGGCGAUCCGUGGGAAGGAAAAAGCUUACAGAUCGUCGCCUGCUUGGAUAUCUCGUCCCCCAGCUUCAUCACCUCGGACCAGUCCGUCUUCUCGAGGGACGCAGCGGCCGGCUGAUCCAGAAGCUGCGAUGGGUGCGGUAGGUUCCCCAAAUGGGUCAGUGGAAUUCCAAACAGCGCAAAAGAGGGAGAGUAGGGUUUACAGGUGCACACAUGGAAGGUCUCAUGGAUGCUCUGAGCGUGCGAGUUGAAGGACCUAAAGAGGCGCUCCCUCUUCGCUGCCUUGCCCAUCUCCCCACCCUUCCUGAAUCAGGGCGGCGGCGGCGGCGGCGGCGGCUUGGAGACCAGUUGCGGCGGAAUACCCACGGUAGCCCUUCCACCGAGCUUCGGCGACUCGCCGUAAAACCUCCCCCGUCCUCAUACGGAGAGACGGCUAUAGGUAGAAUCGGGUUAAAGAAACAGAAAUAAAAUAAAUAUUUCCACAUAUAAACAGACUCGUUUAUUGGAUUGAGACUAAGUUACCUCCACCAGAACGAUGAUAACUUGCGAAUGAAAUAUUAUUUACCAUGAUUUUUUCAGUGCAACUGCACGGCUAUAUACAAUGCACAAAUGGCACAAUAGUUUCUUAUUAAUAUGAUUUUUUUAUAUAAUUAGGAUUAAUUAUUUGUGUUUUUCAUAAAUAUAAAAUGAUUCAACAUAAAAAUUAUUUGUAAUUUCCCCCUAACCAACGAAGUUUAUGAAAAUCUUGAUGAAAAUGUCAUAUAAUUCACUUAAAAUAUGCGGUUAGUUAUAUAUUUUAUUUCUCAAAAAUCGCACACACACACAUGCACACAACCUAGAUGUGUAUUUAUAUAUAUAUAUAUAUAUCAAUUUAUUUCACUAAAUACCUCAUAUUGUUACAUUUCUUGUGCCACUGAACUAGCGCUUCAGUUCUCCAGUUUUCAAACCAAAAAUAGGUGUUGAUGCUCACAACACUCUAUUAAUGACAAAAAAUCUAUAUUGAAGAUUAGUAUAAUACAUAAAACAUCAUAUCUUAGUGUAUAAAAAUAUGCUGUGAAAUAGUAAUAUAUAUAUAUUAAUAUUACUAUAUAUAUAUAUUUGACCAAUGUAGUAUUUAAGCCUAAUAUUUAGGUAUAAAGAGAGGGGGAGAACUCGUCCUUUUUUCUAAGCAGCCUAAAGCUAAAAGGAGCCUAAUACAUUAGAUGAGGGACAUUGCAAUUGAGCUUAGUUGACCCUAUAUGAAUAAUCAAGGCAAUCGUGCAAGAGAACUGCAUAGUUCAUUGUAAUUUGACUAUCCUAACUUACUAUCCACAUAAGAGUACAAAAGUUGAAUGCAAGGUCUGAAGACUUAGAUGCCCCUAAGACUAAUUUUAGAUAUACAACUAUAGUAAGAUAAACAUUAGAGAUCUAGUGUUAGAUCACCAUUCUAAAUAAGGGUCCAUUGACAUCUACUAUCAGUGAUAGACAUCUAUUUCUCUAAAUCAAAUAGUAUCAUGGAGAAAGUAAAUUAGAUCUUCCUCCUACAAUUAAUUCUAGCACCUUUUAUAAUUUGAUCUGGUGACAUAAAAAUUAUAAAUUCAUUUCAUAACAUCUGCACCCUACAAUAUUAUCGAUAGAGAUUAAACUCAUAAGUAGGAUUCUUCUCCAAGAUGUCUUCACUUAGGCUGGUAGAUUAGCUUUAUGUGAAUAUUUGAUUGUUAGCCCUUCCUUCUCUCUUCAUUUUGAAUUUCAGUUUUUCUUAUUUUUUAAGUAGUAUGAUACUAAGAUUUACAUAUUAUUAUGAAGUUUAAUAAAAAAAAUUCACAACAAUAUAAAUUUUGUGUAUUAAAAUAUUAAUCUUAAUAUAUUUGGGUAUUUCGUAACAUUAUUAGAACUAUAAUAUUAGAUAAAACACCAAGUAUUUAGGAUUUCUAUCAAUUUUUUUAUUUAAGUAAGAUAUAUCUAUAUGUCUCAAUAUAUGUGUCAAUAUGCAUGUAUCACGGUAAGACUUAUCACCUCUCUCUCACUAGGAACAUCAAGAUUUUUAUUUUUGUUUGUCAUUCACCCUACUAGUUUCAGUCUAGAGGAGACUUCACUCUAGUAUUCACUAAUUACAUGCUAAUAUUCAUGGGAUCAACUGCAUAUACACCUUAAGUCCAUCUCAUAAACCUAGUCCCUCUGAGGCCAAUUACAUCUACUAGCAUCUCACGACUUCACUCAAAAUAUUAUCUCAUCACCACCUAAUCAACUUAGGACCUGAUAGAGAAUAUAGACCAUGAUACUUGAGCUGUUCAUUUACCGAAAUCAGCUGAUGAAGAGACUACAACAUUCUUGUAUGUUGUUGGUGCAUGCAGCAGGAAGAGCUUGAUGUUCAUUCUUCAAUUUUCAUGCGUUCAGCUAUUUUUCAAUCUAUCAGAUCGUUUUCUAUAAGUAAGCCAUCAUUCUUUGAACAGUUUCUCGAAUUUACUUGAUAUUCAAAGUCUUAAAUUCUCAUUUAAAAACUUGCCAUUUUUCAGAACACUCGAUAAUAAAUUUUGAACUUUCCAAUAUUUAAAUCUCUAUUAAAUUUUGUAACUAUGUUAUUUAAAGUAGAUAAUGGUGUCCACCUCAGAUCAUUCAAUAAAUCAAAACAUAUUCACAAAAAUAUUGGUGUCCACUUGAUAGAUUAAGAAUGCCACAAAGAACCAUUCACAAAGAUAUCAAAACAUUCUUCAAUUGAGAAGCAAUAUGUUGCAAAAUCUAAUGCUCCGAAAGUUCAUUCUAAACUCAACUUGAUAUAAGAGAUAAAAAGAAGAGUUAAUGAAUAAAGCAAACUUCUCUACCUGGUUAAGUUCUUGAGGGAUAAUAGAGGUAUCAAAAUUGAGAUGAUGACAUCAAUGCCUUCUCUUCCCAUGUUAAUGGAGAUGGAUGCGGCAAUGGAGUCACCACCAUCGUGAGAGCAACUGAUUGGCUCUUCAUCUUCCUUAGAGACCCUUCAUCUCCUUGGCCAGCGAAACAUUAUCUCAGAGGACUGCCGCUGCUGAGGUGAUUGUAGACCUCUUUAUCAAGGGAAAGGGGGAAUCCAACCCCACGUAGGAAAGGCUUCCCCCCCCCCCAAUCUGCUGAGGGAAGGGGGGCAGUUGGGAGCAGGUCUGGGAAGAGGUUGAUGGCACCUCCAUGGCGACGAUCAAUGGGCUCUUCAUCAUUUCCACAUCUUUCUCUGUCAUCUUUUCUCCUCCUGCUCCCGUCCACUGCGGAGCACUAUUUCUUUGGAUGCAGCUUCUCCAAUGGCGGAGAUACUAUUUCAGCCACCAGCUAGUAGAAGACGGUGUCCAGAGAUGGCAUGGGGCAGGGGGGGCACUGCACCACCUCAAUGCUCAGCGCUGCGCCACCUCAACAGGCACUGCCUAUCCAGAUGGGUUGUGUCACUUAUGGGCCCAUUUGCUCCAUUGUAUAGGCCCAUUAACUCUGCUCCAUAUAAUUGAUCAACCUGGUUAAUCCGAUCCAAUAGGCCUAUUCAGACUGAACACUUGGCUGGGCCACCGAAAAGCCCACACGAUCCCCUGCACGCAUUUCUCAGGAGAGAAAGAGAGGUCAGCGAUAGUCAAAGUCAGCACACCGCUCUCUAACGGACCCAAUGUAUAAUUAUCUUGAACUAACUCUAUACAUACAAGCCAUCAUUCAAAGAAUAUUAUUCACGCUUUGCAGCCGUAAGAGGACAGAUUCAGAGCAGCCAAUGCAGCAUUUCGUCAAAUGAUGGCGAGAUGAUCUUGAUUGACUUCAUCUUCCCACAUUAAAACAAAGGCUUUGCUGUGUACUAUGGAGCUCUUUCCUUUAUAGGGAAACUAUCGAAAGCGAGGGUACCUCUAGUUCUUGUGCUGCAUCCUUCCACUUUCUGAUCCAGCAUAAGGAUCGAUGGUGACAUUUAUCACCGCCGGCUUGCGAGCAGAGAAGGACUCGGCGAGGGCAGACUUGAGCUCCUCGGGGGUCCCCACGAGAUAGCCACUGCCUCCGAAGGCUUCCAUCAGGGUGUGAUAAGCAGCUCCAGGGACAAAGGAGGUUGGAGCGGGGUCUUCUCUGUACGGUCCAGUGACCUCCUCGGGAUUCCUUCUGUCGCCACCGUAUACGCCACCGUUGUUGAAGACGAUCACCACCACUGGUAACUGGUACCUCACCAGCGUCUGCAAAAGAGGAUAUCAGCAAGACAUGGCAGCUGAUCACCAGUCGGUUAAAAAAAAGAGGACUCGAUUGAUUGGCCCAGGAUGGCAUUUGGAUGAUGUCUGUUAGUGAGGAAAUUUUGAAGAACUACUGAAAGAUUCAAAGCAUCUGUCGGAUUAGAAUGAAACAGAAGCAGCGGGAUCUAACCCAAAGUCAGAUAUCACUAGGGCUAUUAAAGUUUAUAAAUGAAGUUUAAUCAGUUAAUUGAUAUGAACACCAGAACACCGGAACAGGUGCUUCUAAAUUCCCUUCAUACAUGCAAAAACUUCGAUUCAGGAAUCAUUGAUGAUUUAUAUAAAUUGGACCAAACUUCUGGUUUUGCGCAGUAAAUCUGCAAACUCCGUGAAGAAUUCAACACUCUGAAAGAAAAUUGCUAUUCCCGGGCAUCAAUUGUGCGACCAAUAGGCAACUAACUAUUGAUGAUAUCUGUGUGAACAUAUAAACAUAUUUCUACAUCCGAUUGCCAACUGGAGGCAAUAUCAGGGUAGAGCAGAUAACAAGGAGCUGUAAAAUCCAAGAUGAGGAGCAUUGAGCAGAGGGAAGGCGUACCUCAACUUCAAUGGCACUAAAACCAAAUCCGGAGUCCCCUUCCACAGCAACCACCAAUCGUCCGGGAGCCGCCACGGCAGCAGCGAUGCAGUAGCCCAGACCAACUCCCAUCGUGCCCCAGGUCCCUGCGUCUAGCCUCGUCCUCGGCUCUGUCUGAACCAGCACGGCCCUUCCCACAUCCAUCGUGUUUGCACCCUCUGAUACCAAGAUCGGGGCCGGGGAUCCCUCUGCGAGAAUCGCAUCUCGUAUGAUCUUCAGGGGAGUGAAGUAGUUGAAAGGCACUACAACCUUCGCCAGCUGCAUCUCCAUCUUGGCCACAUUCUCCUUGGCCUUCUUGGAGAUCGCCUCCACCCAAGGGUGUGAUUUCCCAAAGCAGAAAGGAUCGUCCUUAAUCUCUGCAUUAACCAGAUCUAGAACCUGCUUGGCGUCGCCUGCUAGCCCUAAAUGGGGCUUCCUGAGCUCAAUCUCCUCUCCAGAGACAUCGACGAGUAUGAAUUUGACGUCCUUGGACCAUCUCGGCGGUUCGCCAAAGUGGAGCAGCCAGUUGAGCCUGGCGCCGACGACGAAUGCAACAUCGCAUCGGCCAAUUGCAAGAGACCUUGCAGCGGUGGCAGAGAGCUCGUGGGUGUCGGAGAUCAAACCCUUCCCCAUUGGGGUCGGCAAGAAGGGAAUGCCUGUUCUCUCAACGAGCUUCUUCAAAGAAUCCUCCGCCCGGGAGUAGGCCGCACCUUUCCCGAACACAAUCAACGGCCUCUCGGCAUUCCUAAGCAGAGACACAGCCAAUUGAAUAUCCAGGGCUUGGACUUCUCGGAUCUGCUCGAUCAGAGGGCUCUCUGACUCCAGCAGCAGCUUGUCAGCUUCCGAUUUGGAGAUCGUCUGGUGGAGGACGUCCGUGGGCAGAUCCAGGUAGCAUCCACCCGGCCUACCAGACAAGGAGUGGCGGACGACCUCCUGAACUAGACCGGGGAUCUGGCGGAUAUCAGUAACCUUGACCGAAAACUUCACGAACGGCUUCACCGCGGCGAUCUGAUCCAGCUCCUGGAAAUCCCCCUUCCCAAAAUCUGCCUGGUCGCACGAACCGGAGAUCAUCACCAUCGGCCAUGUAUUCACCUGAGAAUUGGAGAGGCCGGCGAGGCCAUGGACACAUCCGGGGCCAGAGACGGUGAGGAGGACCCCGGGGCGGUGGGUGAGGAAUCCGUAGGCGGAGGCGGCGUAGCCGGCGGACUGCUCGUUGUGAAAGGCCAGGAACCUGAUGCCGGCGGCGACGGCGCGGUUGGCAAGAGAUGUCACGGGGAUCCCCACCACUCCGAACAUGUGCUGCACCCCAGCGCGGGCCAGAGAGCGAGCAGCCAGCGCAUUGCCGUCGACGGUGGCCUCGCCGGCAGCGGAGUAGCCUUCUGCCAUGGCAGAAACAGAGACAACUAGAGCGAGAGAGAGAGAGAGAGAGAGAGAGAGAUGGAGACUGUGAUGUGGAACCUGUUUCUACGAAGGGGAUGAUCGUUGUGAUGGUUCGGCGGUGCGUUUUAAACUAGGAUGUACGAGUUCCAUUUCGCCACGUUCAGCGAGAGGCAGGCGGAUAUCGGCAAGCGGAUACGUAUCGCUACGUACGACAAGAAGGUUUUCCUUAACAAGGUGCGAUGCAGCCGGUUGGCAUCUAGGCUUUUUAAAGGUUUAUAAAGUACGAGGAACACGUGGCCGUUAAGGACACCUACACCGAUGUGUCGGUGCACCAUCAGCGACGACGCGACAGAUGGUACUUAUUUGUAAACAUCAUCGCAUACGUCAUCGUCCUGAUAUUUAAAUUUCAUUUUUUGGAGGAAAUAGUUUAUUCCAUUUUUUAACAUAAUUGUAACAUUUUUACAAAAUAUUUUAAUAAAUAAUAAAGUUAUUAACGAAGAUAAAUCAAUGCAUCGUACGUAUUUCACUAAAAGCCCAUAUAUAGGCCAGGGUAAAAGGCUUUUUUAGGCCAGUCCAACGGCCCACUUGAGUGGGCUAGCCUUGACGGGCAAAGGCCCUGUGAAGCCCAUUAAGACAUUCCCAAAACUACGUGGCCCAAACUCUAAGUUGGGCCUAGAACGUAUUGUGGUUAACGGGCUGGGCCCAUUAUUCGGAUAUAUACGGCCCAUGAGCCUAUUUCCACCGCCACGAUGACCCUUCCUUCGACAACCUCAAAGCCCUCACAAGUCCGCGAGGUUUUCCUUCCCUCUCCGGCGGUUCCCCUUCUCCGGCCGGCUUCCAAUCCUGCGGCGGCGGAGCCGCUCCUCCAUCGCCAGCCGGACCUCAGGUUGAAGCUGCCUGGCCGAGCGCUGCAGCUGCAGAGAAAAUGAUAAAGAGGCGCUUCUACAAGGUAGAGCACCCCGACAAUGACGGUUCUUCUUCGUCCUCCUCCUCUUCGGAGUCCGAUGACGAAGUAGAGGAAAGAGAGGAGGAAGAGACGCCGGGGGAAGAAGAGGAUGAGGAGAAGGAAGUACCGGCGGACGAGUGGCGGAAACGGUUUUCCUUAUCUGACGGUUCCUCUGGUCAGUUCUCUACUGAUUAUCUCGUUCUAGUUUCAUCGCCUCAGAGCUUCAUAUGUUGUUCACAGUCUUGUUUCAUGUCAUCUCCUGAUUUAUUAUCUAUAGACUUUUUGAAAUUUAUUUAUGUUUCUUUUUAUAAGAGUGACUGGAUUGUCUCUGGUAACAAAAUUUGCUGCUCACUUCUCAAUUCUUGAUCAGUUUAAAUCACAGCUUGGCAUCUCAUUUCACCUCAUGUUUUCGCAAUGAUAAAUUGUAAGAAAUGAAAUGAUAUAUUGGCGAAAUGGAACGAGGAAGACUGAAAAUAAAAUCUCCUUGUUCGAGGAGCCCAUCGUUCGAGAGGAUCAGAGCAAGUUCUUCUUCCGUCCCUUCAUCUAGAAGGCCUACCCACAUCUCCCCUUUCGUAGCCUAUCAAUUGCUUGACGGGAAAUAAGGUUUUCAUUUUAAUAUACUAUCGUUUCAAUGAAGCCCGUUCUUUUUCCACCCAUUAGCAUAAUGCAGUGGGCAUGGGAAAGAUGGACGCUUCAUCCUUACGUCCAGAACUGUGUGCAGAAACAGUCUUCCUUUCUAGGGUUUCGGCGACAUGAUUAUGUAACUCGUUGAUCGUUUAAUCAUAUUUUUCCUGUGUGGCAUUUUUAAGACAGUUUGGGGUCUCUUUCUUCCGAUAAUUACAUUAUUUUAUUGCUUUUCUUGAUUCCCUAUGCUAUUGAAACUCCUGUUCUUGCUAUACAUUUGUUGAUCACAUUUCGUUUUCUUUUCCCUUGAUGAUAGCAUCUGGAUAUGAGAGCGAGGAUAGCUCAGGAAAUGAGAUCAGUUGUGACUCGACAGGUUUUUCUCUCUUUCCCUCUGCAUAGUUUAUCCUGGAGUACUCAAAGUUCUUCCAGGAUAUCUAGUUUUUAAAUUGUUUUAUGAUAUGAUUACUCAUUUAAUUUUGAAACUAUCCCUUCAUUCAUUUUUCGUGUAAAAAGCUUCUCGGAGUCGGAAAUUUACUAUCCUCUGACGUUUUUUUUGUGCCUAUAUUCUGUAUUUCGUCAUUCCCCUAUUUAUAUAUUUUUUUAAAAUCUAGAUUAGAGAUUUAACUAAACACUAUUCAAGAUUUCUCUUAUUAAGAUAUAUUUUAUGAUUGUAUUUUAUACAAAAUUGACGUGGGAGAUCUGCUGAUCUGCUCAGGUUUACCGGUUAAUGACAAUGAAGAUGACAGUGGAAAAGACAAGGAAAGCCGCAGAUCUAGUCAACGCGCUCAUGAAGGCCGUCCUGGUGAAGCUGCAGGAUUUGCCUCUAAAAAUGACGCCGAGGUAGAUGAUACAGAAGAGCUGAUCGAGUCUGAAAUGAGUAACUGCGUGCUGAAGCACAAGUCAGUCUUCAAGUGCAGGAUCUGCCCAAGAAUCGUCUGCCUGUCUGAGAGCACUCUGCUGGCACAUCUUAAAUCGAAGGUAACCCACCAUGAGGGCCUGCAAUCAAGCUCUCUGUGAAUACAUGAAACACUGGAUCCAGAUAAUGAUAUGCUAAUCCUGUUCCUGCCAGGACAUGAUACUCUGGAUGGUCUGGCUCUGAAUGAAAUCCAGUCGGGUUGCAAAUUUCUACCCAUCUGGGGUUGCCUAUGUUGGUCUAGUCUCUUCACAAUCGAUGAAGAUACAUGAUUAUUUUGAAAAAAAAUAGAGGAAAUUCCUGUCAUAGACGAGAUGAAUAUCUUCGAUUGCCUCAGAAUUCUCACUUGUUUUUUAUGAUUAUUCUAAUUACUGUUAUUUCUGCUCUGAUAGUUAUGAAUACAGCUUCUCGUAGAUUAAUUAGCUUGGAUCUUGCCGCAUAAGUGAGGUACUUGUGAAUCGGAUAUCUCCAUCUUUAGUCAUGUAACAUGAAGUCCUUCUCCUUCCACAGCGGCAUGCCAGGUCCAAGAAGUUAUUGGGGGAUGGCAGACUCAAGCUGAUGCUAAACAGUGAUGGAGAGAUUGAAGAGGAUCAAGAGACCCAUGCCGAAAGGCAUGCCAGGACCAUUGCUCUUGUACAGGUUGACUUUUGAGAACCCAUCCCUCUCCUCCCCCCCCCCCCCCCCCCUCCCGAAUGAAUGAAUAAGUAAAUAAAUAAAUAAUUGGGAUGCUCAAUUAAGGUCUAGCCCUUUAUGCUCUAUUUUUCAGAAUUCUGAAGCUCCGAAGAGAAAAAAAAGAGGGCGCCAACGUCAGAGGGAAAGAAGGAAAUUGGUAACCAUUAUUCUUCGAGAUGCCCUUAAAUUUGCCUGUUCAUUAAGGCUGGUUGACUUUAUCAAAAACUUUUUUUUCCAUUUUUCGCAGAAAUCAAGCAAUGGUUGUGAUGUGGGCAAAGGAAACCCUCCACCGAUAAAAGCAGCCAAGAAAAGACGCCACAAAGUUGAGGAUUGAAGACUAAUUUGUUCUUAUUAUUCAGAGGAAAAAUCUGGAAAACUUGUCUACCGUGUUGGAUCUUUGAAGAGAUCCGAAUCUAGUUGAAGGUAUUGGAGCUCAUAGCCUUCUAAUCGUGGUCUAUAUAAAUAGGAAGACUUGAUCUUGGAGGCUUUGUAGGGCUUCAGUAUCUAAGGACCACCCCUCCUCGCCCCAAACCCAUCAAAAUUUUGCAGCUUUCAGAGAUGAUGAACUUGUGAUACCCGUUUCAGAGGUUCUUUCUUUAUCGAAUUUGUUGCAGAGGGUGUUGAUGAUUACUGUUCCUUUAUCCUCUCUUCUCUCUCGCUCUUUGCCAAGGAAGGAGAGGGGAGAGAAGGGUCGUUUUGUUUCCGUAUACGGAUGAGUUUGGUUCGUCAUGGAAGCCAGCAAACACUGUUGAUGUGAUUUGGAGAUUGGAUUCUGGCUAAAUAUUCUUCUCUCUCUCUCUCUCUCUCUCUCUCUCUCUCUCUACAUCCGGGGAGAUCCCCAUCUGCCCAAUGCCACUCCUUCGUCCAAUUAACGACAACAUGGAAGAAGAGUAUCUUAUAAACCUCAGGGAAAACUUACCAUAAAAAACUUGCGGGUCUCAUGGAAUGAAAUCUACACGCAACUUAUUGCGUCAGGAAACCAAAAAAGGGGCAAAAUUGAAAGCAAUCUCCACUCUCAGAAAAAGCAACAGAAGAUGAAGAAGAUCAGACAGCGGCAGCCAGGAAACCUAGAGAAGUCUCUCCGCGAUUUGGAUGGCGUUGAGCGCAGCUCCUUUGCGUAUUUGAUCUCCGCACACGAAUAUGUCCAACCUGAAACAAAGCCCUCCCUCUAAGACCGACGGUAGAUCCGCAGAGAAUAAAACCUGAGCGGCUCGAAUAAUGUAGGAUCAGUUACCCAUGAUUUCCUUCUUGGGAAAUAUCCUGCCGAACCCGUCCCACUGCAACAUCAUCCUUGUUUGACACCUGCAAGUCGUCAAUUAGUCCAGAUGACAUCGUGUGUGUGUGUGUGUGUGUGUGUGUGUGUGUGUGUGUGUGAGAGAGAGAGAGAGAGAGAGAGAGAGAGAGAGAGAGAGAGAGAGAGAGAGACCUCCAAGGGAGUAGGGAAGUGAUUGGAAGCCCGGUCAUCAAUGACGACCACACCAGGAGCUCCCCGCAAGAUCUCCCUCGCAGUGUCCUGGUGAGUUUAACAUGGAAGCCAGGUCAACCCCACUCUUAACCAGGUCUUGACAUGAUGUUCGAAUUCGUUGAAAGAGUCGAUCAUCAUAUAAAAUAUCGCAUGGGAGAGAUUAGAAAGUAUCAACAGGUCCACGCGGGUAAAAUUAGCAAAAAUGAUCUAAGAACCAAGGAGAACUGAAAAUUAGUUUCCUAAUUAAUUGAUUAGUCAAUAAUGUUCAUGCAUCACCUCAUCCAGAGGCUUCUCGAACUGGAGGUUCACACUUUCAGCAUGUGCACGCAUGACGGGGACCCGAAUACAGGUGGCAGUCACCUUGACCUCCUCAUCAUUCUGCAGGAGAAGAAAAACUCCAUAUAUAAAAAAGCUCCAUAGAUCACUAAGAGAAAAUAAAAAAUAAAAAAUCUUCUUUUGGGUUGCAAAGGAAUGCCCGCAUUUUUAUUCCGCGAAUAAAUUUAAUUUCUUCUUCAUUCUACGAUUCCAAAUGUCACGAAAAAAAAAUUAUGCCAUCUUGAUUGGGUUGAAGAGGAUUACCCAUAUUUUUCUUGUUUCCUUGACUAGUUUCAUUUCCUCUUCGUUGUAACCAUUCGGCUGGACUGGUGCAUUGUGUGAAAACAGAUUGAACGCAUACUGAUGAAUACAAUAUAAAAAAUCAAGAACAUGAGUUCUGAGGAUAUGUUGUUUUCUGUCAACCAGAGAAGGAAAUGAAGAGGGAGAGAGGAAAAAAAACCAACCUGCUGCUUGAAGAUAUUACAAGUAGGUGGUCUGCCAUCAAGAACCUGUUAAUGGACGAUAAAAAGUAUCAGGAAUUUCCACAUCCAGCUCUGCUUUUGGGAACAAAGGAUGGCUUCUAAAAGAUAUAAACAUUGUCAUCAGCCGGACCUCACGAGUCUGCAGUUCAAGCUCCUCCAUGGCCGCAGCACCAGCUCCGCUAGCUGCCUGAUAGGUGCUGACAACCAUUCGUUUCACCUGGAUAAUUCAUGAACCCAAGAAGGGGGACUCAGCACAAAACCUUCGAUGUGAUAUCGAUCGUAUGGUAGAAGGCUGAUAUUUUCCUUAAACUAAAUGGGUGGGCCUCAUCGGUGGCUUUUCUCUUUUCUCAGCAGUAACUUUUUUCUCCUUUUCUGUGUAGAAAGCUAGCGAAGGUUAUCUCAAGUGAGGAGCUCUAACGACCAGUAGAAGCAUUCUCAUCCAUCAAGGACGAUUAAUCUCUGGUAGAAAACUCCAAGCAACUCCUGGGUUUAUUACUCUCCACACAGAAAAGGGAGAAUGACUUUCUUCUUCUAGUUUCAUUUUAGUAGUACCUUGGCUUGGCGGUGGAGAGGGGUGGCGGCCAUGAGGCAGAUGAUGGUGGAACAGUUGGGGUUGGCGAUGAGGCCGCCCUUGCCGGACCCGACCUUGAUGUGGGCCAUGGCUUCCGGGUUCACCUCGGGGAUGACGAGCGGAACCUCGGGGUCCAUCCGGAACGCCGAGCUAUUAUCCACCACCACGCAGCCCCGCGCCACCGCCGCCGGACCGAAGGCCUUGCUGAUGGACCCGCCGGCGCUGAAGAGGGCGACGUCGACGCCGUCGAAGCUCUCCUCCUUGAGCUCCUCGAUGACGUACUCGUUGCCCUCGAAGGUUAGCCGCCGGCCGGCAGACCGCUUGCUGGCGAGCAUCCGGAUGCUCCGGUAGGGGAAAUCUCGAUCGGAGAUCACGCCGAGGAACUCCUGCCCGACGGCGCCGGUGACGCCGACUAUCGCCAGCGAAGGCCCGUCCUCCCUCAGGGCCAUCCUCACGCCGAACCCCCCGGAGCUCCUGCAAUGGCGCCGGCGAUGGUACUCGCCGCCGGCAGCGAAACCGAAGGGGAGCCGCAAGGCUGACAGUGCGGCGCCCUGCAUUGUUCUUUUCUGCGGGCCUUGCGCCGUCCAGCAGGUGGAGAGAAGAUUGCCGGAGCUCAAAGAGGGUUUUGGGUUUGACGACUCAAAGGUGGACACUCCUUUACAGUAAUCGUGGCCUUAUCUUACUGGCUGCGGUCUUGUGUGCCGGAGUUCCCAGUAGAGUAGAAAAUGCCUAAAUUACCAAAAAUAUAAUAUAUAUAUAUAUAUAAAUAAAUUGCACAAUAAAUUUUCAGGCUGAAAACCUGUUUGGAAUGAUUCCCCCAGCGGCGGUGGUGGUGGUGGUGGUAG